AGUUGGAGCACUUUCUCUGCUCUCACCUGUAGCUGUAUUCCACGGGCCGGAGCCCCGGGCGCCGUUAAGUUGGUUGCUCUGCGGCCACGGCCUCGCCUACGCCAGCCGAGAAGGGUUUCGUCCUCGGGGCACAGACUGAGCCGCCGCCGGGCCGCCGCGGGCCGGCUCGCUUCGCAUCGCCAUGCGAGCCGAGCUCCUUCUUGCGCUUUGCGUACUUCUUUACCUGCCGCAUGAAGCUGCAAUGCCACUAAUUCCUCCAAUGCAGAGACCAGAGGUCACUGCCACUGUGGAACCAGAUGAUGAGAACCAGAAUUACCACAUUUGUGAUCAACAUGAGUGCAAUCAGUGUCCUGCAGGUUAUUACGUCUCUAGGUCCUGUACAUGCCCCGACACUGACGUGACUUGCCAACCCUGUCAAAAUGGCACAUUCAGCAAGUACUCGAAUUCACUCAACAGAUGCUUCUUUUGUCAAGUCUGCAGACCUUUAGAUCAGGUAGAGAUAAAGAAGUGUACUGCAACCACAAAUACUGAAUGUGCCUGCAAGAAUGGUACCUUCUGCGAUCCCAACUACGCAUGCGAAACUUGCCAGACAUGUAGAAAAAGCUGCCCCCCUGGACAGAAGAAGGUGCAGGAUUGCACACCUACAAGUGACAUGCAGUGUCAUCCUGCUCCAACUUCAUCAACUCCAACGGGUUCCCCUGGAUCAGAACAUCUUCUAUGGGUCCUUCUCUCUUUGUCUGGGCUGAUAGUGCUGGCCAUGGCAUUGUUCUGUUGGCAAUACUCACGCCUCAAAAAUGCUUACAUAAAUGUCUGGAGGCCCAAGAUUACCCAAUUAUUCCAAUAUCUGCUGAGGAAUCCCAGUCAAGAGCAAAGGGAAGAACGUGACAAUGUGUUGAACGCCCAAAGGGACCAGGGGCCCAACCAGCUUUCGCCAAAUGGUGUACCUCUCAUCACAGGAGCAUGUGAACCAAUGCAUCUAGCAACCGCUUCCCUUCUCAGGGAGGAAGAUCCAGAAUCUGCAGAAGAGAGGAAUUUGGUUCCUGCAAAUGGCAGGAACUCAGAAGAAGCUCUGAGACAAUCGUUUUACACCUUCAUUAAAGAGGUGCCUUUCGGGGAAUGGAAGAGGUUCAUGAGAGCCCUCGGCUUGACUGAAAAUGAAAUCUUUUCUGCGGAAAAAUCUGAAAGAAAUGUGAAGGAGCAAUAUUAUCAAAUGCUACGGACUUGGCUGGACAAGAAUGGGCGGACCGCAUCUGUGAAUGUUCUUCUGGAGACGCUCUGUGCCAUGGACCUCAAGGGUGUUAUGGAACAAGUUAAAUCAGCCCUCAUCAGUGAAGGUUUAUAUGUCUAUGAAGAGCGAGUUCUUAGCUAGGUGGCCCCUUCUAGGACUUGCCUGUACGCCUGAAACCAGUAUUUUGCCCACCUGGAGGAGUGUGAAGAACAAGUUGGGCUGCCGGUUGCUUCUCAGCAAACCAAACAUUGUUUACAUUUUAAAAUAAAUGUAAUCGGUAAGAGGCCUUCUGUGCAUGCCUUUCCGGGAAGUCUUUAUACUGGCAACUAGGGCUGUGAUGCACAUUAGACCCAAAGCCCAAAGGUGCUUUCAGACCAAAUGUGGGUGUGCCGGCCACAACUGUUGGCACGUCCUUACAGAAAGUGUCUUUUCCUAGCCUUUGCACAAUAUCUAUUCAAUCCUGGGAAAGUACAAACUUGAGUUAAAGAGGUGCCAACAGUAUGCCAUGUCUGGUCCCAAUCAGUUGGCUACACCCUGUGCUCUGGACCCUACUGACACUUCCUUUAUUCAGGCUGUUUUCUCAGGAUGGUACAGCUGCUCUGUAAGGUCACCCCAAAACACCACUCCUUUAAGAAGUGCCACCUCAUGGGACAUGCAGAAGCAGCUUUCCAGAUCCAAGUCUCUGCUAGCUUUGAAUUUUCAGGAACUGUCAAUCGUAUUUAUACUGGCUUUAUUUUGAAGGUCUCAUUGUUUUCAGUGCAGACCAUAUUUUCUCUACUGAAAAGAUUUCUUUUCCCCCCAUGAAAUUGUUUGGAUUACAAACGUUUUCAAUUAACAGUAUGAAUUUUGUAUUUUUUCAAAGAAUGAUUUGUCUCGGCUAAGUUUUGAUAUGCUGAGAUCUGCCCUUUUGAAUGUGAUGGGGAGAAAGCAGGUUUAUGGCCAUGCAAUUCUCUUCGAGCCAAAUCAUUUCUGUGCAAAUAUGUAUAAUAUGUUUGCUUUUAAAUCCUGCUGCUAUUCAAUGAACAAAGGAGCCUCCACAAAUAAGAACAAUUCUUUAGCUUGAGAAGAUGGGCUAGCAUUUGCUAUUCUAUUGACACUGUGAAAUUUUUCAGAUGUUUUCGGCUGAAUGUAGCUUUCCUGUGCAAUCAAAUCUUCAAAACUGAUUUCUUGCACAUAUGCCUCUGGGAGUUUGGGUGUACAGCCGAAGCAAUAUACUUCCCUUCAGUUCAAUGAAGUAUAUUCAGGAGCUCCUCUAGAACUUCCCUCUUAAAUACCUUCAAGCGUAUUUCUUCAGUGAGGGCUAGAAACAUUUUUGCUUCUUUUUAAUUCAGUGAAAAUUAGGGUGCUCAGGAAAUGAAAUGCUAUGCCCGUGACUGUCUUCCAGCCCAGGUUUUAGGCAAACAAUGAUACUUUUCUCUUAAAAGAACGAUUAUUCUUAAUGCACUUUGGAGGUCUCCAGGAAUCUAUUCAGUAUGAAGCUAGAGAAGAUAUGGGGAAAAAAAGAUUUUCCUGCUUGUUUACAGCAGCAUUAAUUUAUGUUCUGCAGCAUCAUGAUGUGGAAUCCAGAACCCAAGCAAGGGAACAUGUAUUUUUGAUGAAUCCAGCCUUAGUUAUUGUUUUAAAAUACACUAAGAUGUUAAUUUGAGUUUCUUAGAAAUAUGUGCAGGUAUUUGUUGUCAUUAUAUAAGUCAAAAAAGGAGCAAAAGUUGCUUAUCUUUAAGACCAAAAUGUUUUAAAAAAAUCCUACCAUGGUUAACGGAAGUUCUUUAAUGCAAGGCCUAUUUCUGAUUUGUUGUAAAUAUGACAAGUUUUAUUUGUAGCAAUUUUAAAAAUAAGUUGAUGAAUAUUUUAUUUUGUAAAUUAUUAAUUUGUGACAUGAGGUGAAGAUUGGCCUAUUACAAUCCAUGUAUUUACAAGCAGUUAUUUGAGGUUAUAAAUGUUUGUGUUCUAUUCUCUGUGCCGGGGUGGGGGGGGGGCGGUACUGUAUUCUCCAUUUCCUCCCCUCCACCCAUCACAUUGAAGGACAAUCUCCUCUGAUUCUGCUAUGUGGCAAAAUCACCCUAGGAGAGAAGCCCACUGUUUUCUUUGCCCUGACUCAGUCCUCUAGAAAAAUGCUUGUUGUUUGCAAAGCUUGGGAUAGAUAUUCAAGAGAUGGCUCUAAAUUCGAGGCUGCAAGCUUUGAAAAUAGCUAAUAACCGUGAUGGUUAGAUGGAGCCCCCAGGAUCAGGAAAGGUAUAUCAUCAAUGCUCUGGAAAUAAUAGCGGGGGAAGAUGGUGAUGUUUUGCUCUUGGGCUUUGUAGUUGGCAACCAUUGAGAAGCUGGGCUGCGUUAAGCAUUGAUCUGAUCCAGCUUCAGUACCAUGCUGUGCGGGUUCCUAGUAGUUUGUCCCAUUUCUAGGGAGUUUAGGAAAAGAGCCACAUGCAACACUUCCAAACAAGGGGAAAGGAAGCAGCAUAGAUUGAUCCCCCCCCCCCACACACACACACAUUUAUGUGAAACCUCAGUUGCUGGGAACUUUUAAAAUGGUCCUCUUUGGUUCCAUCAAAAAAAAAAAUUAAGCCCCUGCAGGUUUAUAGAUAUGAAUAUUUUUCUGUCUGGUUUCAACGGUGCUUGCAGAAAAAAAUUGAGACUUUGGCAACGUAGGAAGAGAUUAAAAACUACAUUGGUUGAACCCAAAAGGGGAUGACAAGCCCAAAUCUGCUUCCCAACUUAAAGCUGGUGGCAGCUGGAUCCUGCCAACAAGUAGAACACUGCAUUUGCUGUCAUCUGCUGGAAGAUCAAAGAUUAAUUUAACAAAAUGUAUAUAGUAUAUGUAUAUAGUAACCCGAAGACGGUUAUUUAUUGCUAGAUAUUUAUACUAUAGUUCUGCUAUCUGUUUUGUUUCUAUUUUGUGUUCUCUUUAUUUGGUUAGCUUAAUUAAAUAUUUUUAGGCAAUGGAGCUGUACCCAGUUCUGUAACUUUAUAUAACUCCUUGUUUAAUAUGCUGUCUUGGUUUUUGCUUAUUCUAUUCAAAGUUAGGAUGAAAUUCUUGAAAGUAGGUACUUGUUCAUGAAGCCAUCUAAAAUUCAAUUUUGUAAUAAAACAAAAAU